AACCACCAUGCAAAUGCCAAGUUCCAAAUUUUCACCAAAAAAAUGAAAGGAACAUUAGACCUCGUUACAGUGUUCUAAAACACCAACAAAGACAACUACUAGUAGUCAAAUCUCGAUGAAAGCUAAGUCCCAGCCUCGGUUAUGGAACUCAAAUGCCACCAUUUUUAUUCAUCUUUCCAUUUAUUCAUAUUCCAUUCCUUCUUCUUCUUCUUCUUCACGCUUCUGUACUCUUCCUUUAAAACCAACUUCCAUGCUUUCCCUUCCUUGAUUUUAUUUCUCCCCUACACUUACCAAUUUUCUUUUUUAUUUUUUCUAUAGUUAUUGGAAUUUCUUUUUGUUUUUCCCUUUUUUCCUUUUUUGGUUGCAAUGUACAGUGCGGAUCGUUGCUUGUUCGUUGAUUCGAUCAGGGUCUCACGACAAGAUGGCUUGUUUCUUAGUGACAAAACAGGUCCUUCCUCGUUUGUUUCAUCCAUUUCACUAAAGACCCAGAAAUGUUUUGUCGAUAAAAACGAAAAUGUGUGUUUGGUUUCGUGUUCUUUGGGUGGUCAAACCCUGGGUCCUGUGAAGUCGAGGAGAAGUGGUGGCAAAGGGGGAUGGGUUUUAUCGGUGAGUUUGUCGAGGGAGGAAGGGUAUGUUGGGGACUCAGGAGAAGAUUGGGGGCAAAACGGGGAUAACAAUUUGGAAACGGUGGAAGAGGUGAAAGAGAAGAAGGGAUCAGGUGCUUUGAAUACCACCAAACAUCUCUGGGCUGGUGCUGUUGCUGCUAUGGUUUCAAGGACAUUCAUUGCUCCAUUGGAGAGAUUGAAGUUGGAAUACAUAGUUCGUGGUGAAAAGAAAAGCCUUAUAGAAUUAAUUAAAUGGAUUGCAGCUUCGGAAGGGUUGAAAGGUUUUUGGAAAGGGAAUUUUCUCAAUAUUCUUCGUACGGCUCCUUUUAAGGCUAUCAAUUUCUAUGCUUACGAUAUUUAUAGAAGUCAACUGUUGAAAUUAUACGGGAAUAAGGAAGCCACGAAUUUGGAGAUGUUUCUUGCUGGUGCUGCAGCUGGGAUUACUGCAACUUUGCUCUGCUUACCAAUGGACACUGUGUGGGGAACUUUCUAG